AUGGAGGCAGAGGCUGAACUUAAGAAAGAGCUUACUCCUGAAAAAUUGAAGGAGAUCAAGGCUCAGGAGGAGACUGAGAGUGUCACCAUGCACGUCCCCAUGAGAAUGGAAGAGCCUAAAGACCAACCAUCUCCAGACGUGCAAGAGGAACCUAAGGAGGAGCAACUUGCUCGGUUCUUGGCAAUCCUCAGAAAGCUGCAAGUCAAUAUCUCUAUUACAGAGGCAUUGGAGAAGAAACCCCCUUAUAUGUCUGACAAACCCCAAUUUGACGAGACGACAGCCCUGAAGGAAGAUGAGAGGGUGAUACUGAUCAAGGAAUGCAGCACCCUGAUCCAGAAAAAGCUGCCUCUGAAGAUGCCAUAUCCUAGAAGCUUCCUGAUUCCCUGUACUAUAGGGACCAUUACUUUUGAAAAGACACUGUGCGACCUUGGCUCAAGCAUCAAUCUCAUGCCUCUCUCUGUGAUGAAGAAGCUUCGAAUCCAGGAGGUUCUGUCCACUAGAAUCUCACUAGAGAUGGCAGAUAUGUCCUUGAAACGGACAAAUGACAUGGUGGAAAAUGUUCUUGUAAAGGUUGAUGACCUUUUCCUCCCUGCGGAUUUCGUGAUACUAGACACUGGGGAGGACAGAGACGACUCCAUCAUCCUUGGAAGGACUUUUCUUGCUACUGAAAUGGCCUUAAUUGAUGUGGAAAAAGGAGAGUUGGUCCUGAGGUUGAAUGGGGAUCAUAUUUUGUUUAAAAUCCCAAACCCUCACUCUUCCUCAGAUAAAGGAGGUACUACUGUGCACCACUUAGUGUUCCAACCUUCUCUUUCAGUAGAGAGCAUUACAGAGCCCCCUAACAUUAAAUCUAAGUUUGGUGUUAGGCACCCAUCACCAUCUACUGAGGAAGGAGGUAGAAUUGGCAUAGCAGGAGACACCCUCAUUGAGAUGGACAAGCCCAUCACAAAAAGGAGGAUGGAGCACGUAAGGGAGCCUACGCACAGACCCCAGCACGAGCCUGUUCAGUCACCUCCACCAGAGAUCCCAGAGAUGCCUCAGAGAAUGCACUUUUCUCCCCAUGACUAUUGA